AUGGGCAUUGAUAGCCAGGACCCCCUACCCGCUGUGGGGACCCUCUCCCCAAGCCAAGUGGACUCCUACCACAGGAUGGAGCCUAAAACAUUGGGGGCUAUCCAGAUCAUCAUCGGGGCUUUGAUUCUGUGUCUGAGCGCUUCAGUGCUGCAGAUCCAUGAGGUCCACUUCACUGGAGAUGUGGCUCUCUUCCUCAUUGUUGUAAUACAGGUAACCCUGUCAGGCUCCGUUCUAGUCCACAGUGGAAGGAAGCCGUCUCUCUUCUGGGUGAAAUGUGUUCUGGUGCUGCACCUCAUCAGUGCUGCUUUUGCGACUGCUGCCCUCGGCCUGAUGUCCAAGCACCUACCGUACCGCCAGGACUCCUACCACUGUGAACACUGCCGCAGACUGGAGCUCCAUGCUGUGCUUUUGAUCGAUGGCAUCCUUGGUACGCUGGUGAUCUUCCUGGUACUGGAGUUGCUGAUCUGUAUCACUGCCAUGCUGUUUGGGCUCAGUGUGCUGGCUGCUGGUGGAACCCAGCCUCCUACUCAGCAGCCACACUAUCCCCAGACUCGACCUCCAGCUGUUGCUGCUGCUCAUGCUGUGCCAAAUGUCCCACCUGCGGCAACUGUACCAGUGCAAGCCUCUGAGCUGCAGCCCUCAGGACCACAGGUGCUUUGA